GUGAUUCCUUGAGGAGGACGGUUCUGUUGGUUACUUUCUCUUUUCUCUUCAACAAUGUCUAAAGUGAAUCAUCUGAGAGAGUUUGUCGGUCAGCGACUAACAGCAGCUGCUGUAGAAAUAUUCUCAGUGUUUGAAAAAACCAUCUUGGAGUAUGAAGAAGAGCUGGACCGUCAGCGCAGACUGGUGGACCUCGCCUGGAAACCUGAAACAAGAAUCGACCUCCCAGAAGGAAAUGUUUGUAAGGUGGAGGAGGACGGGGUUUUCAGUGACCAGCACCUCGAUAACCUGGAGAGGAGCUGCAGCCCGGACCAGGAGGAACCAGGGAAUCCACAGACUACAGAACCGGAGGAAGACUCCAGCGUUCAGGAGAUGAAGCAGGAGGACGUGGAGGUGGAUGUCUCAUUGGUCAAUCUCGCUGAUGUUGACAAUGGGGAACCAGGACCAAACUGUGACCAGCUGCUGUUGCACACUUCUCCGGAAUCUCAAAAUGAAGAUGAGGAAGGAACUGAAGGUUUAAGCUCAGACUCCAGUAAAACUGCAGAUCUGGAGUCAAUGAGACGACACAGUGACCAUGAAGACACUGCUGUCCCGUCAGUCAGCAACUGUAAAUCAAAACUGACCAGCACCCACACGGGGAAGGAAGCAUUUACUUGCAGCAUUUGCAGCAAAGAGUUCAGUAAAAAGGGUAUUUUAGUGGAACACAUGAAGGUCCACACUGGCGAAAGGCCGUACCUGUGCAACACCUGCGGCAAAGCUUUUACUAAAUCAUCAUCUCUUAAACGCCACAUAAACACGCACACGGGCGAGAAGCCCUACGUCUGCAAAACAUGUGGAAAAAGUUACACGCAACGUUCCAACCUAGUGAUUCACUCAAGGACCCACACCGGCGAAAAGCCGUACCUGUGCAACACCUGCGGCAAAACCUUUACUAAAUCAUCACAUCUUAAACGCCACAUAAUCACGCACGCGGGCGAGAAGCCCUACGCCUGCAAAACAUGUGGAAAACGUUACAUGCAACGUUCCACCCUGCUGAUUCACUCAAGGACCCACACCGGCGAAAAGCCGUACCUGUGCAACACCGGCGACCUCCCACAAGAAAAUGUUUGUAAGGUGGAGGAGGACGGGGUUUUCAGUGAUCAGCACCUCGAUAACCUGGAGAGGAGCUGCAGCCCGGACCAGGAGGAACCAGGGAAUCCACAGACUACAGAACUGGAGGAAGACUCCAGCAAUCAGGAGAUGAAGCAGGAGGACGUAGAGGUGGAUGUCUCAUUGGUCAAUGUCGCUGAUGUUGAAAAUGGUGAACCAGGACCAAACUGUGGCCAGCUGCUGUUGCACACUUCUCCUGAAGCUCAAAACAAGGAUGAGGAAGGAACUGAAAGUUUACGCUCAGACUCCAGUAAAACUGCAGAUCUGGAGCCAAUGAGACGACUCGGUGACCACGAAGACGCUGCUGUCCCGUCAGUCAGCAACUGUAAAUCAAAGCUGACCAGGACCCACACUGGCGAGAAGCCCUACAUCUGCAAAACAUGUGGAAAAAGUGACACGCAAUGUUCCAACCUGGUGGUUCACUCAAGGACCCACACUGGCGAAAGGCCGUACCUGUGCAACACCUGCGGCAAAGCUUUUACUAAAUCAUCAUCUCUUAAACGCCACAUAAACACGCACACGGGCGAGAAGCCCUACGUCUGCAAAACAUGUGGAAAAAGAUACACGCAAUGUUCCCACCUGGUGGUUCACUCAAGGACCCACACCGGCGAAAAGCCGUACCUGUGCAACACCUGCGGCAAAACCUUUGCUAAAUCAUCACAUCUUAAACGCCACAUACUCACGCACACGGGCGAGAAGCCCUACGUCUGCAAAACAUGUGGAAAACGUUACAGGCAAAGCACCACCCUGUUGAUUCACUCAAGGACCCACACCGGCCAAAAGCCUAUAAAAAAAAUAACUGUGUCUCAAUGAUGACAUUUUAAUGCUUUUUCCGUGUGUUGAAAAUACAAAUGUGCAAGAAUUUCACUGUUUUGGGUUUGUCCCCAACCCAGACUUUUUGACAUCCCCUCUAUAAUAAAGCAAUAAAAAGUGCUAAAUUCAUUAAAACUUUACUUUGCAUUUCCUUGUAACAACUUAAAAAGGCAUUCUUCAAAUUCAUAUAAUUUAUAUUUGUUCAAUUUGCAAUUUAUUUAUAGUUAAAUAUUGCUGCCCCUCGUACAUCUGUCAUUACCAUCACACUCAACAUUUUAGAGAGCAAUAAAGUUUUUACAAACAGUUACUUACAUUGUUGCAUGCAAAUUAGAUGCUCCAGAGGAACAUUCCCAGA